ACAUCUUCAAAAUCCCAAACACCAAUCUCCAUCAUUUCCUCCAUUUCAACCCUAAGAAGAGAAAAAGAGCACUUCUUGAGAUACCUCCUAAUUUCUCCCAAAUAACAACCCAAAAAGACCAAGAAUAACAUGAGGCCUAAAAGCCAACAAAUCUCCAACCUUAGGCUUCUCUUCUUUGCUGUUUUCCUUGCAUUCUUUCUUCUAUUUUUCUUAAGAUCAAACAUAUCAUUUCCUUCCACACAAAACUCAUCUCCCAUUUCAAAGACCUUUCAAUCCAAAACCCAAAUCCAUGAAGAAGCAAAUGCAACAAGCUGCUCUCCAACUUGCACUAAGAUCCCACAUUCUCUAGCUAAAGCUCUUAUCCAUUACACAACCUCAACCAUUACCCCACAACAAACACUCAAAGAAAUCUCAGUAACAGAAAAAGUUUUAGAGAAGAAAUGUCCAUGCAAUUUCUUGGUUUUUGGGCUUGGCUAUGACAGUCUUAUGUGGAGUACACUUAACUAUGGAGGAAGAACAAUUUUCCUUGAAGAAGAUGAGGCUUGGAUUUCACAAAUAAGAAAGAAGUUUCCAAUGUUAGAAUCUUAUCAUGUGAGCUAUGAUAGUAAGGUGAAUCAAGCAAAUAAUCUCAUGGAGGUAGGCAGAGGACCUGAGUGCAGAGCAGUUAAUGAUCCUAAGUAUUCUAUGUGUCAACUAGCUUUGAAAGGGUUGCCAAGUGAAGUUUAUGAGAUAAAGUGGGAUCUGAUCAUGGUUGAUGCUCCUACAGGGUACUAUGAAGAAGCACCAGGAAGAAUGAAUGCUAUAUAUACUGCAGGAAUGAUGGCUAGAAACAGAGCAGAAGGAGAGACUGAUGUGUUUGUGCAUGAUGUUGAUAGAGAAGUGGAGGAUACAUUUUCUAAGGUUUUUCUUUGUGAAGGGUACAUGAAAAAACAGGCAGGGAGGUUAAGGCAUUUCAAUAUUCCUAGCUACAGGGAUGCCCUUGACAGGCCCUUUUGCCCUGAGUAGAUUUCUGUUAUAUGUAUUUUUCUGUCAUUGCUUUGUUGUCUGCCAUUUUUACCAUUUUUAGAGGAACUUGGUGGUCUGAUUUUGGCACAACAUGUGGGUUCUUGGUGAGAGAUAUGGCCAAUGGGAUUAACUGCAAAGUGAUGAAAAAACAAAUGGAGUUCCCAAAGUUGAGUGGAAAAAAGCAAGAAAAAUAAAACCCAACUACUGGAUUUGCCAGUUUUUUUUAAU